AUGUCACCUUAUCGCUUGGUAUUUGGGAAGGCUUGUCAUUUGCCUGUGGAGCUUGAGCAUAGAGCAUAUUGGGCAGUUAAGAAAUUGAAUGUGGAUUUGUACAAGGCUGGAGAAAAUAAACUUAUGGAGUUAAACAAUUUGGAUGAAUUCCAUAAUGAGGCCUAUGAGAAUGCAAAGAUAUACAAGGAGAAGACGAAGGCAUUUAAUGAUAAGCGUAUUCUUCGCAAGGACAUUCAACCGAGGGAUAAAGUGCUGCUAUAUAUUUCAAGGAUGAAGUUGUUUCUAGUACAAGUUCAUAGUGAAAAGACGGGACAUUUUAAGGAGAAUAGUAGGGGUGCACACGGGUCGGAUUUGACAAGUUUCGGAUAUUCAGGUUUGGAUCUUACGGGUUCGGAUUUAUAA